GUAGACACUCUUCUGCUUCCUGCCUGCCUGCCUCGCUCGCUCGCUCGCUCCCUGGCUGAGAGACCGAGAGAGAGAGAGACAUCCAGAGAAAAUCCCUGUCUCGGCAUGGACCUCCGGCUGCAGCACUCGGCAGCUCGCGAGGAAUGACAACAGUUCACAUGGUCAUUAACUCCAGUCGCUGAGGCUGAAGGGAAAGCUGCACUGAAGCUCGGUGUCACAGGAGCACCGGGUGCCUCCUGUGUUCGGGACAGCAGACGAGACGGAGGCACGCAGCAGAGCCCGGACCCAGUGGAACGAGACCACUGACAGGAAGUGCCUUGCGAGACGACAUCUCACUUGAAGAUCCACGGGCGUCUCUGAAGAGGCUCCAGAUCUUUCCCUGUCUCCGUCCUCACCCGUUUGUUGGUGCCAAAGCUCUGAGGGAGUAGAUAGCGAAGACUUCUAAACAAUAGGAAACCACAUACUUUGUGUUUUAGACUGCGCCAUUGCACCUCAAAACAGCGCCACUUUUUCCCCUCCCCCCCCCCCCCAAAUACCCGCCCUUGCACAGAUCUCAUCACUCACACGAAGGUCAUCUCGGAGACAUCGGCACAACAAGUAGAGCUCGUCUCUGAGCAUGCCCCCUCUGCCGUGUCCGAGGUCUGCACACGAGACUUACUGAUUGAUGAACAAUUAGCCGUGUGACUGACAUACCCCACCACAGCAGUGCAGUCCCAUGCACCGCACACAGAGACAUUGCCAGUCCAUUACCUCCACUUUCCCGUCCGCGAGGACAUACCCCAUUCACCGACCUGAAGCAGAUUCCUUCUCGCCGCAUGUUCCUUCAGUUCUAGGCGCUGUGCGUUUUAUUUUUUCCACUGGAACGCUCAGAGGAGAGCGUCCUCCUCAAAACCAAGUGGCUCCACUCCACCCCGGCUCCACAGACAUGGCUCUAAACAUCGCCUCGAUGCGGGACACAAAAUGGCUGACCCUGGAGGUGUGCCGGCAGUUUCAGAGAGGGACUUGUUCGCGCAGCGACGAGGAAUGCAAAUUCGCCCACCCGCCCAAAAGCUGCCAAGUGGAGAACGGAAGGGUGAUCGCCUGCUUUGACUCGUUAAAGGGCCGCUGCACGCGAGAGAACUGCAAGUACCUCCACCCGCCCGCUCACCUGAAGACCCAGCUGGAGAUCAACGGGCGGAAUAACCUGAUCCAGCAGAAGACAGCGGCGGCCAUGUUGGCUCAGCAGAUGCAGUUCAUGAUCCCCGGCACCACCAUGCAACCCGUGACGUUCCCGAUGAGCCAGGCCCUCGGCUCCAGCGCAGGUCUGAGCUACACAUCGUACCUGACGCCCAUGUCCCACAGCAUGGGCCUGAUGCCUCAAGACAUCAUGUCCAGCUCCCCCUGCAUCAUCCCCGGCAGCCCGCCCAUCUCCGUGUCCGGCGGCUCCUCCUCCAACCAGAAGCUGAUGCGCACCGACAAGCUGGAGGUGUGCCGCGAGUUCCAGCGGGGCAACUGCGCUCGCGGGGAGACCGACUGCCGCUUCGCUCACCCCAGCGACAGCCCCAUGAUCGACACCAGCGACAACACCGUCACUGUCUGCAUGGACUACAUCAAGAGCCGCUGCUCCCGCGAGAAGUGCAAGUACUUCCACCCACCGGCCCACCUGCAGGCCAAGAUCAAGGCCGCCCAACACCAGGCCAACCAGACAGCCGUGGCCGCGCAAGCCGCCGCCAUGACUCAGUCGACUGCCAAAGCAAUGAAGCGACCCUUCGAGGCAACUGUAGACCUGGCGUUCCCCCACGGCGUCCUCCAGCCGCUACCAAAGAGACAAGCACUUGAGAAGAGCAACGGCUCCCUGUUCAACGCCAGUGUUUUGCACUACCAGCAGGCGCUGGCCAACGCACACAUGCAGCAGCCCACUUUCUUUCCCACAGGGUCAGUCUUGUGCAUGACUCCUAGCAGUCUUGAUUAUCUUGAAGUAAGUUUCAGGAAGGGAAUGGAGUGUCACGAAGCUGCACUAGGAAACCCAAAACAGCCCCAGUGUAAAUACUACCUGACCUCUCCCAUAGAGGUCCAGCAACCUGCAUGCUAAGAGCUUAACACUUCGAUUUAACCGUAAGAACUGCAGGGCCGGUGUAACACACACAUUGGAAGAAAAAGAAAAAAAAAGAUAUAUACUGUAUGUAUUGCAAGGGGAAAAAAAACUAUUAACAUGAAAAAGUCAAAAAUAUCCUUAUGUAUAGUACAACAUACAUAGCAGACACACUAUAGAGGUCAUUUUAACACCUGUUCUCCCAAAGUACCGUGGAUCCCGCUCUCUUUCCUAUUCUAAAAGCCGCUGCACAACGUUCAUCCCUUUGGUUCGGAAACAAACAAGCGAGGCGCUCGAUUUGCGCCGCAUGAGACGUGUAGUGCUGAACGUGGACGACAGGAAGAGUCACAGGAAACCCCGUGCACAGCCACACCGGCGCUCUCAAGAGUUGUUUUCUUCUCCUCUUUUUUUCGUUUCCUCCCUGCGUUGAAGUCGAACGUCCUCGAGGCGGACGGGCUCGUGUUUACUGGAUGUGACGAGGGCACCGCGGUGACUCUCAUCUGCCCCAGAAGCUGUUGAGAUGCCAUGAUGACACUUAUCCCCCCCCCCCCUACACACACACACACACACAAAUCCCCCCCUCCGCCCACUUUCCUCCUGCCAACUUUUCAUCUCUGGAAAACAUCUUGCCGAAGCUGAAGAGGUCGGUGGAUUCAAGCUGCCAAGAAAGCAGAGCCACGUUUUAGCACCCCGAUUAAAACAUUUUUUUUUGUGUAUCCGCUGCUCCCAACGCACUCCCGUUAUUUAUUUCGGUGCUGGGUUCAGUUCUUUCUUCGGAAGAAGCGGUGAGAUAGAUUAUGCACGGAUUUUUUGCAUGCAGUGAUGACGGACGGCAGUCGUGGCCAUUACUGGGGGAAAAGAAACAAUCCUAAAGGCUCGGGUCUGGGCUCGGAGCUUCACUCAGCUUGAGGGUUCCUUCCAGACACACCACGCCUUUUGUGUGUGUGUGUGUGUGUGUGUGUGUGUGAACGCAUGCGUGUUCGUAUCUGGAGACUGAUGGUCUGCCGGCAGACUGGGACUCGAAGAGAGGUCGAGCAGGCGAUGACAACACCAGGCCUGGUGGGAUGGUUUUUUUUUUCAUUUAGGGAGGGUGGUGAGGGGGGGGGGGGUGUCGAGGGACUAUAAAGUGCUAAGACUAAACAAACAAACAAUAAACGGUGCAUUUGACGACGCUCGUCAAGCAAAUAGAUGACUUGAACUUCGACUGGAGGGCUAUCCGUGACCGUCGGUUGUCUUGUCCGACCCAAUAUCACCGAUGAUCCUGUUCCAUUUUAGAAAACUGUAGAAGUGCCUAAAAAAAUGCUCAUCAACGUUCACGUUCAUCCAGAGGGAAUCACUCGAGAGUCACGGACGCGCCGCCGCCGCCGGCUGUCGGCAGCUCGUAAAAAAAAAGACUUUUCGGGGAAAGACAUCCCACUUCCAUCGACAUCACAAGUGACUUUAUCGAAGCAAAAGAAGUCAAAGAACCGACAAAUCAAAAAUAGCUUUGUAGAAUGUUUGGUGACUUUCACGGUGUACCGUCGUUUCUGGCCGUGGUUUUGAGUAGUUUACACGAGGAAUGUGAGUGAGGCAAAAAAAAUGUAUUGUAAACUGUAAUGUAUGUAAGGUGUCUCUUAUUUUGAGAGUUUAUAUUCAUGGUCCUAGAAAUGUAUUCAGUUAUUUAAAUUAUGUGUUGUGUCUACUAUCAAGGUAUUGUUGAGCCCCCUUGAGCCCUCCACCAUCUCCACCCGGAACAAUCAUCUGUCUUUCAGCACCAUUUGAUUUGUAGUAGACCAGCUCUCUCGUCGUUUUAACACGCACCAUUUAAUUCAAUCUUAUUUCCCAUUAUUAAAAAAACAAAACAUCCCGAUGUGAUUUCAUGGUGCUCGAUUCACACCGAGCUCCGCGCUUUGGUUUUCGUUUCACGCCGAUUGUCUCCACGCGCAUUCGGAUUUGUACGUAAUAUCUGUGGAAGGUGGUGAAAUUCUAAUUUUUUUAUUUUGUCGUAAUUUAUCUCAUGUUACUCUUGGUCAAAAUGUUUGUCAGAAACGAUGUCGGUAACUAUUCUGUUUUGAAAUGAAUGUAAUUUAUUGAGCUGUGCUACGUUCUGCGCGGUUGGUCAUUUCAAGGUCUAACCUGUCAGGUCGGCGAAUGAGAAAUCGCGGUUUAACAAAGGGGCGGGGUAUAAAAGUCAGCCCACCAAUGGAAAGCUACUGGAUCUUUCUUGCCUUCUCGUUGAUAAAAAGAUCACGGUGUUGCAGUUAUGAGCAUAGAUAUAGAUUUGCUUGUGUUGUUGGGGGGGAAAAAAUGUUUAUUGUAUCGAUGACAUUUUAACAACAAAAAAAGAGCAGAAAAUUUAAAAAAAUGUACUUUUCAGUCUAGUAUAAUAGUAUUUCAUAACAAUAUUAUGUUGUUGCUGUGGCAAAACAAAUGUUGCCAUUACUAAAGUUCUGUAUUUUUGUAAAUGACAUUGUUAAGUUGUUUUUGUUUCUCUUUGCUCGAACACUGUACACAAGGUAAAGAAGAUAUGAACAUUUCUUAUUCUUCACUGAGAUUAUGACAACGAUCUAAUAUUUUCAUUAGUAGAUAAAACAGCCCGUGUAGUGCUGUGACCAUAACACUUAAAUAGAUUAAAAGGCAUCAAUGUUACAUACAUAUAUAUAUAUAUAUAUAUAUACGAAUUUAAUAAUCUAUGAAAUUAUGAGUUCAGAAGUACAACUCUUCCCCUGACAAAGGACCUUCACAGGUUCCACACAGACAUUUUAUUUGAGGCGUAUAUGUAUCACUAGAGUUAAGGAUUGCACUUUUCAUGUUGUUUAAAGAUGUGAGCUGUCUCCCUUUAAAGGGUUGUGAGGUUCCUGCACCCUGCUACUCAGUCUGUCAUCGAUCCAAAGCAGAGACCACCGGCGAAUCACUUCAAUUCAACAUGUCGCAUGAGAAAACAACAUUUUCUUUUCUUACUAAACCACAAUGUACUGAAUGUUUCUAGUGGGAAAAAAAGUCUGUACGCAAAAUGUCCUGAUCCGGUGACCCACAAUGCCCUUGUGUAUGGAAUCCUCUUGAGGUGUAAUGUUAUUAUUAUAAUUGUUUUAAUUGUGUUGGCAAUGAUUGACUGAUGGAGAAAGAAAAAGAAAAAUGUCAGCACUUUCUGAGCAGACUCAGCUUAUCCAAACACUUUGCCUUAUCUUGAGUCCAUCGUGCUUAAGGUUUUAUGUUUUUAAGAGCUCUUACGAAGUUUAUUAAAGAGACUUGACCGGGUCUCUUUUCUCAAAUCCCUUCUCAGUUUAUUUUAAAAUGUGUAUCUUUAAAUCUGAGAUCAUUUUAUAGGGUUUUAAUGUGCACAUCAAAAGGCCAAAAGGAAGGGUGGGCGGCGACAGACUGAACACUCAUCUUUUCUUCUGCUCUCCCAAAUCUGGAGCGAGCUCCUUUUGUCCCAUUGCCUGACAGUGGGACCGUUUGGAGGGUGUAACUCACAGUUCAGCCGGCAGAGGGCGCUACACGGGAGACUGCAGGCUAUGGGUGGUAACCGCCUGUGCCAUCCCUGUUGCAGCGCGCCCCGCCAACCACGUAAAGACAUCAACAUACAAUUGACAAGAAGACCCUCAUCGGAUUUAUAGUUUCAAUGUAAUCAUUUUUAAAUGUAUUCUUUUUCUUCUUCUUUUUUUUGCGUAUAUUUUGUGCUAUUUUAUGUUUCUAUAGUCAAAUGUUUCUUUGGUUCCAGCAAGAUAGUGUAAAAUCUAUUGAAAGAAAGAAAUAAAGAAAAUCAAAGAAA